AUGGAAGCUGACUCGCAGGAAGCGCUCCGCCCUUUCAUCGAAGCUGAAAGGGAGUUUGUGCAGCUGCAGGCAGCUGGGGACCACGACGGUGCUGUGCGGUGUUUGGAAGCUGUCUUACGUGCAGAGCAGGCGACAGUGCAGCAGAUGCCUGACACAAUGCUGUCGACCCUCUUCGAGCGCCUGGCUAUAGGUUACAACACCCUGGGCAUGAAGCAUUUGAAGGACAACAAUACAGAGGUGUCCUGCAAGUUUUUUGAGAAAGCAGAAGCACUGACAGACCCUGCGAACUUGCAUAUGAACCCUGAGUCUCGCUUGGUUUUGAGAGCAGUUACUUACAACAACAUGGGCUGCUUCUACAAAAGCUUUGGGAAGCUCCAUACAGCGUUGCAGUACCUCAAAAAAGCGCAAAGAAUUGAGGAACAGUCACGGGGCAGAUGUCAAAAUCCUGCAGGUACACACUUGAACUUGUGCGCGCUUUUGUCGCAGAUGGGCAAGCAUCAAGAGGCGCUUCAACAUGCAGACAAAGCUCUGAAAAAAUUGGAGGCUGCCCAAAAAGCCCAGCAACCUCAGUCUCAGCCUCCUGAAGGCAGCAGUCUACCGCCUGUAGCUGGGAGCACCAACAGCGAAAGCUUGAUUUGCGUCGCAUACUUCAAUAUGGGUGCGGAGUACGAGCAUCUGAAGAAGCCCGCAGAAGCACUGUGGCACUACCAAAGGGCUCAUGACAGCUGCUUGCAAGAGCUGGGGGAGGAGCAUCCCUUGAGUCAGCAAAUCUCCGCUUGCGUGGAGCAAUUGCAGGGACGGCUAUGGACUCGGUUUUUCGCAGGGUGGGAGUAUCUGCUUGGUGUGGGCAUGGGGUAA